UGAGAUACAAAGCAAGUAGUUUUUGUUUUAUUUAUCUCUAGUCAGACGCACCAAAACCGGCAAAGAAUUCAAUCUUGUUGCAGCACUUAAAGAACGGGGAAUUUUUCUUAUACUGGAUGACUAUAUUUGUCGUUUACAACUGACACAACAAAGAAAAUUCAUCUAUUCACAUCAAACCAAUAACAGCCCGAUCAAUACAUGGAUAUUCUUUACAAAAUCUUUUCUUUCUUGAAAUUUGGCUGGCGGUCAGGUUCAGUGAAGCAUCACUUGGAAGAAGGGAAUCGUUGUAUGAAUAAUGGCGAUUAUGAGCAAGCAAUUGAACACUAUACACAAUGUUUGAGACAUCCAAGCAAGAAUAGCGUCAAAAUGAUGGCACAUUUUGGUGCUGGUAACGCUUGUGUCCUCUCUGAUAAAUGGGAGGAUGGAUUGAACUGUUUUGAUGAAUGCUUGAAGACUUCUUCAAAAGUGAAACGUGAAUUUUUUCAACAUCAAGUUUAUCUUGGCCUGGGAAAUACUGAUUCUACCACUGAAAGAAUCGUGGACGACCUGAAAAAAAAUAAAAUGGUCAGUCUUUGCCAUAUUGUAUUGGGAGGAUUGAACAAAAAGCUUGGAAAUUAUGAGAAAUCUUUGGAGCAUUAUAGAAAAGGAUUCUUUCUUAUUGAUUGUCAACACCAAGAAAAUCAACAGGAACUAGAAAAAGAACCAAAGAAAGUUGAUGGUAUUAACGUUAGUAAAGAUUUCAUCGACCACAACAUGAAGAACUUGUCAGUUAUUACUUCAACUGAAAUCAUGAAUGGAGUGUUAGUUGUUUAUCGGGAAUUAGCAGAAUUGUUUGAAAAACUUAAUAGAUGGGACGAGGCGACUUGUAUUUACAAAAUAUAUCUGGAGGUGGCCACUGAAGAUGAUGAUGUACAAGAACAAAGGAAUGCUAUGGUGUGUUUAAUACGAAUAUACAGAAAGGAUGAGCGUGAUAACUUGAGGGAGUCAGUACAAUUGAAAUUACAAGAACUAGAUAAUAAAAAAAAUAAUGCAGUUUCAGAAUUGCAGUGGAAAUUCGUUGAUGAAUCAACAAAACAUAAUCAAUUGUUUUUAAAAAUGAUUAAGUGUGGACAAGAUCCCAAAGUCAAGGUUGAAUGUAUAAGUGAUGUGCGUGUAAUUUUCUCCGGAGAAUUUUGCAUCGGCAAAGGAAGUGAUGGGACUCGUGUUUAUCUUGGACUGGGAAAAGAUGGCCAUGGAAAAGCAGUAAAACGUAUGCCUAGUGAUAUCUGCAUUGGGCUUACACAACAAGGAAAGAAAACUUUCGAAGAAAUCAUCGAAAAAAAAUCGAAUUAUGUUGUGAAUUAUUUUUACUUAGAAGAAGACAUUACAUCAGAAUAUGUUUAUUUAAUACUAGACCUGUGUGAAGAAUCGCUGGAGGAUUUUGUGCAAUCAGAAUCAAAUAGCUUGGCUCAUCUUCAAAAAUCGCUUCCCAAAAUUCUCAGACAAAUUUUAAAAGGUUUAGCUCAUCUUCACAGCGAGCCACAUCCUAUUUUUCAUCGAGAUUUAAAGCCUUCCAAUGUUCUCCGAGAUGUCCAAGGCAAAUUUCUGAUAGCUGACUUUGGUAUCAGUCGAAUACUAAAAAGUGAUUAUAAGACAUUUAAACACGGCCUUACUUGGGGAUCUGAUUAUUGGGCUUCUCCCGAAUCGUAUUGUCCGGAUGAUGAGUCGAUUAAAAAGUCACAUUACGAAAAAGAGUCUGAUGUAAUGAGUGCAGGAAUAGUGGCUUUUUAUGUUGCAACAAAAGGGAAACAUCCUUUUGGAGAUCGAACAACAAGACUGCAAAACUUGUCAAAUGGAAACCCUGUUGAAUUGAAAAACAUAGUAGAUGUUGAACUUAAAGAUCUUCUUUCGUGGAUGCUACAAUUGAAACCUGAACUCAGACCAUCUGCCAACGAGGCGCUAAAACACCCAUAUCUACAAUCCGAUGAAUGUAAGUUUGACUUGAUGUGCGAUGCGGGAAGCCAACCGGAGAUAAAGAUACCAUAUUUAGGUCAUCCUGUCAACUCAGAUGUCCGUGAGCAGUUAAAUGGGUUAAAAAAUUGGAAGGAUCGUAUUGACCCUGAAGUCUUCAGUAAUUUCAAUGUGGGACACUACGAUGCUACAUGGUUAGGCUGCUUGAAAUUUAUACAAAAUGUUCACCAGCAUUGGAAUGAUGUACCUCGUCCAAAACGGCUUCAAAGUGAUGGUAAUUAUAAAACGUUUUUCCUGCAAGUUUUUCCAGAGCUUCCUCUUUUGGUAAACAGAGUUAUAAGAUUAAAUGAAUGGAAAUACAGACCUGAUCUCAAAGAACACUUUUCAAUUUCAGAAUUGCAGUUGCAAGAAUGGAAAUACAUUGGUGAAUCAACAAAACAUAAAGAAUUGUUGUUAAAACUAACUGAGUAUGGACAAGAUCUUAACAAUGAGGUUAAACAUUUGAACGAUAUACGUGUAGUUUUCUCGGAAGAGUUUUUACUUGGCAAAGGAAGUGAUGGAACCCGUGUUUAUCUUGGACUGGGAAAAGAUGGUUACGGUAAAGCAGUGAAACGAAUAAAUCGUGAUAACUGCAUUAGGCUUGCACAACAAAAAAAGAAAAUUGAAGCGAAGCGCUCGAAUUGUGUUGUAAAUUAUUCUUACUUAGAAGACAUUACAUCAGAAUAUGUUUAUUUAAUACUCGACCUGUGUGAAGAAUCGCUGGAGGAUUUUGUGCAAUCGGAAUCAAAUAGUUUGGCUUAUCUUCAAAAAUCUCUUCCCAAAAUUCUCAGACAAAUUUUAAAAGGUUUAGCUCAUCUUCACAGCGACCCACAUCCUAUUCUUCAUCGGGAUUUAAAGCCUUCUAAUGUUUUCCGAGACGCACAGGGCAAAUUUUUAAUAGCUGACUUUGGUAUGAGUCAAAUUUUGAAGAUUGAAUCUAACACAUUAAAAAGUGGCACCAAAAUGGGAGCUGGGUAUUGGAUUGCUCCUGAAUUAUAUUGUGAAGGUGAAGAUUCAUUUGAUAAAGCACGUUACAAAAAAGAGUCUGAUGUAAUGAACGCAGGAAUGGUGGCUUUUUAUGUUGCAACAAGAGGGAAACAUCCUUAUGGAACUCAAGCGACAAUAGUGCAUAACUUGUUGCAUGGAAUCCCUGUUUUAUUGAAUGAAAUUGAUGAUGUUAAACUUAAAGAUCUUCUUUCAUGGAUGCUACAGUAUGAGCCUAAACUCAGACCAUCGGCCACCGAGGCGUUAGAACAUCCUUAUCUACAAUCCGAUGAAAAGAACUUUGAUAUGCUGUGUGAGAUGGCAAACCAACCAGGGAUAGAGAUACCGUAUUUAGGUCAUCCUCUCAACUCAGAUGUGCGUGAGCAGUUAAAUGGUCUAAAUAAUUGGGUGGACCGUAUUGAACCUAAAGUUUUUAGUAAUUUCAAUAAAAGUCAAUACGACUCCACAUGGUUGGGUUGCUUAAAAUUUUUGCAAAACGUUCACGAGAAUUGGCAUGAUGAACUUCGUCUACAACUGUCAUUAUAUGUUAAAGAUGGAAACUAUCAAGAGUAUUUCCUAGAAGUUUUUUCUGAGCUUCCUUUGCUUGUAAACAAAAUAAAAAGGUUGAUUAAAUGGAAGUCAAGACCUGAUCUUAAAGAACACUUUUCAAAGUGGAAAUACAUUGGUAAAUCAACAAAACAUGAAGCAAUGAUUUCAAAGCUAAUUGAGUAUGAAGGCAAGAUUCCCAAUGUUCAGGUCGAAGAUGUGAACGGUGUACGUGUAAUUUUCUCAGACGAAUUUAUCAUUGGCUGUGGAAGUAAUGGAACCCGUGUCUAUCUUGGACUGGGGAAGGAUGGCUACGGUAAAGCAGUGAAACGAAUACUUCGUAUUGAAUGCAUCAAUCUUGCACAUAAAGAAACAGAAAUUUUGAAUGAAUUAAGCGCAAAGGAAUCGAAGUUUGUUGUCAAUUAUCACUCCUUAAAAGAAGACACGGGAACAGAUUCUGUCUAUUUAAUACUGGACCUAUGUGAAGAAUCGCUGGAGGAUUUUGUGCAAUCAGAAUCAAAUAGCUUGGCUUAUCUUCAAAAAUCUCUUCCCGAAAUUCUCCGACACAUUUUAAAAGGAUUAUCUGAUCUUCAUAGUGGCAAAAAUCCUAUUCUUCAUCGCGAUUUAAAGCCUUCUAAUGUACUUCGAGAUGCACAAGGAAAAUUUCUGAUAGCUGACUUUGGUAUUAGUCGAAUAUUGAAAGAUGGAAGUAAGACAAGAUUAAGUAAUGCUAAAAAGGGAACUCCGCAUUGGAUUGCUCCUGAAUCAUUUUGUACAGAUAAAAAUAAGGAUGGAAAAGGACGUUACAAAACAGAGUCGGAUGUAAUGACUGCAGGAAUGGUAGCUUUUUAUGUUGCCACAAAAGGAGACUAUCCUUUUAAAAUUGAAGAGGAUAUAUUGAAAGGAAACCCUGUUGGCUUAGAGAAAAUAGAUGAUUUUGAUCUAAAAGAUCUACUUACGUGGAUGCUACAGCUAAAACCGGAAGACAGACCAUCGGCCAACGAAGCGUUAAAACACCCUUAUCUACAAACCGAUGAGGAGAAUUUUGAUUUGCUUUGUGAUGUUGGGAAUCAACCAGAAAUAAAGACAUCAUCUCGACAUCCUCUUACCUCAGAUGUUUGUGAGCAGUUGAAUAUUACAAUAGAUUGGAUGAACCGUAUCUAUCCUGAAGUCUUUAAACAUUUCAAUAAAGUAUCCUACGACUCUACAUGGUUAGGUUGCUUAAGAUUUUUGCGAAACGUUCGCCAGCAUUGGUAUGAUAAACCUCGUCCACAACUGUCAUCAUAUGUUAAAGAUGGAAACUAUCAAAAGUAUUUUCUUCAACUUUUUAUGGAACUGCCUCUUCUAGUUCAUAGAACCAUAAGAUUGAGUGACUGGAAGACAAGACCUGUUCUAGAGAAACAUUUUGCAAACAGUGCACAUCCUGUAAAACGUGAAGAAGGCAAGGGAAAGAAAAGCGAAGCUGUUAUUGAAUACCCUGAUCUUAAAGUGUAAAUGGUCAGAUCAAAUGACGAAUGGAAAAACAAGAACAUUAUCGUUUUCAAUUUAAAGCUAAAAUGUGCCACAUCAAUGAAGUCUUUUUAUUGUCUGCAAAAGAGGUUUAUGGGAAAGCAAUUGGCAAGAAGGAAAUCAAUGAUACCACAAUUCAAGAUUCCCUUUUAUGUAUGUUUUAAUUUGAGGCUCUUAAGCAAGUUAGAUUAAGUAACCAAGUUGGAUAUUACAUGGCCAGAUUGCUAUGAAUUUUCAUUGGAUUUUACAAUGUUAUAUAAUUAACUAUUUUUUUGUCUGUCUUCAAAUGACUAACGAUCUAAAACUGAAGGCGAAUGAAAUUUAAAUUUGAUUUCCAUACAUCAUGUUUGUUAUGUAAAAUGUACAAUAAAUUUUAACAUGUGUAAUUUAUAAUGCAUAGCAUCUCUUCAAGUAUAACAAUGUAUAACAAUACAUAUAACUAUAUAUAACAAUAUAAUAUGGAUGUCAUGACUUGUAACGCAAUUAAGGAGUUGCUCGAUUUGUGCUCAAAAUACGUUCUACUUUAGCGUUAUAUACAGUGUAAGUCUUUCGUAUGAGCUCCGAGCGUGAGUUCAAUGUACUAGAACGCUAUUUAGUUUAUGUACGUCACUACAGUACCACUGCAAAGUGUAAAAGAUUGAUACGCAUAAAAAGAACAACUUAUUAAAUUGGGGAAAUUGGGAAUAUUUGAAUAAAAUGAGGGACUCUAGCUUA